AAACCCCCCCACAUUUCUGCCCACUAUAUAAAUAACCUCCACCUCCUCACCCUCCCACAUUCGCAAAAUCCCCCUUUUGCUUCGCUAAUUUCUCUUCCCUGCUCUUCGAAGAAGGCGUCUUCAUAAACGCCUUCGAUUUCUUCUUCACCUUCUCCAUUUUUGUUCCUUCUUUCUCUCUCCUCUUUCUACACUUUUUUGAUCGUGUUAGUUAGGUCUAGCCAAAAUGAGGGAGUGCAUUUCAAUCCAUAUCGGUCAGGCUGGUAUUCAGGUCGGAAAUUCUUGCUGGGAGCUUUACUGUCUUGAGCACGGUAUUCAGGCUGAUGGCCAGAUGCCAAGUGACGUAACUGUUGGAGGAGGAGAUGAUGCGUUCAACACCUUUUUCAGCGAAACCGGUGCUGGAAAACAUGUCCCCCGUGCUGUGUUUGUUGAUCUCGAGCCCACUGUCAUUGACGAGGUGAGAACUGGAACUUACCGUCAGCUUUUUCACCCUGAGCAGCUCAUCAGUGGAAAGGAGGAUGCUGCCAACAACUUUGCCCGUGGUCAUUACACCAUUGGUAAGGAGAUUGUCGACCUCUGCUUGGACCGUAUCCGCAAGCUAGCUGAUAACUGUACCGGGCUACAAGGUUUCCUUGUCUUCAACGCUGUCGGUGGUGGAACCGGUUCUGGUCUCGGAUCCCUCCUCUUGGAACGUCUCUCUGUUGAUUACGGAAAGAAAUCCAAGUUGGGUUUCACCAUAUACCCGUCUCCUCAGAUCUCAACUUCGGUUGUUGAGCCUUACAACAGUGUCCUCUCAACCCACUCUCUUUUGGAGCACACUGAUGUUGCGGUUCUCCUUGACAAUGAGGCCAUCUAUGACAUCUGCAGGCGCUCACUUGAUAUUGAGCGGCCCACGUACACCAACCUUAACCGUCUGAUUUCUCAGGUUAUCUCAUCCUUAACUGCCUCGUUAAGGUUCGACGGCGCCUUAAACGUAGACGUCAACGAGUUCCAAACCAAUCUCGUCCCGUACCCGAGGAUCCACUUCAUGCUUUCCUCCUACGCCCCGGUCAUAUCCGCCGAGAAAGCGUACCACGAGCAACUCUCCGUUGCCGAGAUCACCACCAGCGCCUUCGAGCCGUCAUCCAUGAUGGCAAAGUGCGACCCGCGUCACGGUAAGUACAUGGCUUGCUGUCUCAUGUACCGUGGUGACGUGGUCCCCAAAGACGUCAACGCAGCGGUAGCCACCAUCAAGACCAAGCGUACCAUCCAGUUUGUUGAUUGGUGCCCGACCGGUUUCAAGUGCGGUAUCAAUUACCAGCCGCCAAGCGUGGUCCCCGGUGGUGAUCUUGCGAAGGUUCAGAGGGCGGUUUGUAUGAUAUCCAACUCUACGAGUGUUGCUGAGGUGUUUUCGAGGAUUGACCAUAAGUUUGACCUCAUGUAUGCGAAGAGGGCGUUUGUUCACUGGUACGUGGGUGAGGGUAUGGAGGAAGGGGAGUUCUCUGAGGCUAGGGAGGAUCUUGCUGCUCUUGAGAAGGAUUACGAAGAGGUUGGCGCUGAGGGUGCUGAAGAUGAUGAGGAUGACGACGAGGGUGAGUACUAGACAUGUUCAACGGGUCGGUCCUGGUUGGGCUGGAUCGGGUUUGGCUGUAUUGUAAUAUUUUAAUGGCUCGGGCUGAAACAUAUGUAGCCUAGUUUUGGCCCUAGCCCUUUUUCUCUAAGUAUAAACCACUCUUAUUUCAUCCUUAUUGAUAAAAGUAACUAAAACUCUAGUUUUGAGUUGCCUAAACCCCGCCAAAGGAAUUAAAAUUGGGCCUAAAUUGUUUGCCGGAAACCCCAUAUUUCCCGGGUCAUGUCGGGCCAACAUGGUGGGGUUAAAAUGAUUAAAAUGUAAAUUGUUUGCCUAAACUGGGUCGCGUCGGGCAGCAUUGUACUACGGAGUAGUUUUUAAUGGAAGGAGUAUAUAUACUUUGCA